AUGUCUGCAAACGAGGAGCGCACGUUCAUUGCCAUCAAGCCAGAUGGCGUGGAGAGGGGUCUUGUUGGAGAGAUCAUCAAGCGAUUUGAACAAAAAGGGUUCAAGUUAGUUGCUUUGAAAUUAAUACAGGCCAGUGACGAUCUUCUCAGAGAGCACUAUAGUGACCUGAAGGACCGGCCGUUCUUUCCUGGACUUGUCAGUUAUAUGUCCUCUGGCCCUGUGGUUGCCAUGGUGUGGGAGGGUUUUAAUGUUAUCAAAACCGGUAGAGUAAUGCUUGGUGAGACUAAUCCCAUUGACUCCAAGCCUGGGACGAUCCGGGGUGACUUUUGCGUACAGGUUUCUCGGAACAUCAUCCAUGGCAGUGAUUCUGUAGAAAGUGCCAAUGCCGAGAUCAACCUGUGGUUCACACCAGAAGAACUCUGUGACUACUCGAAAUGUCAGCAUAACUGGCUCUAUGGGUGA